UCUACCGGGAUCAAUAAGCCCCAUAAAGCUAAGAGCAGAGAGGCUGGUUUGAUGCAGAAAAGGAGGUGACUGAGGCAUGGCCAGCAGAAAAUGAGUCUCCUGUUUUGUGCUCCUUUCAUUUCACAUCAAACAUAGGAAUUUAGAGGCCAGAUCUGGUCAUUUCAGGGUGGGAAGUUAAAAGAGUCCAGUGUUCAGAUUUAGACAAUGAAAGAACGCAUCAUAUAUCAGAGGCUUCAUGGAGUGAUUCUCAUGUCGAGUUUUAUCUUUCUCUCAGAUACACUUUCACUAAAAGGAAAAAAAGCUGGAUUUUUUGGGAAGAGGUGACACAUAUGUAAGCCUGAUAGACACCAUUCCUGAACUCAGCCGAUUCACAGCAUGCAUUGAUCUGGUAUUCAUGGAUGACAACUCAAGCUAUUGGAUGGCCUUCUCCUAUAUUACUAAAAAAACCCUCCUGGGCAGAGAAGACAUAGAUCUUGGACUUGCAGGAGACCAUCAGCAGCUAAUACUGUACAAACUGGGAAAGACCUUUUACAUCCGUCACCCCCUGGCUUCAUUUCAAUGGCAUACAAUAUGCUUGAUAUGGGAUGGUGUGAAAGGCAAAUUAGAACUCUUCCUGAAUAAAGAAAGGAUACUGGUAGUGAUGGAUCAACCACACAACCUGACACCUCAUGGGACUCUGUUUCUAGGGCACUUUCUCAGGAAUGGGAGCAGCGAGGUUAAAAGCGUGAUGCCCAGCUUUCCGGGAAGCUUGUACUACUUUCAACUCUGGGACCACAUCCUGGAAAAUGAAGAGUUUAUGAAGUGUUUAGAUGGAAAUGUAGUUAGCUGGGAAGAAGACGUUUGGCUUGUCAACAAGAUCAUCCCAACUGUUGACAGGACACUGCGCUGCUUUGUUCCUGAAAAUACGACAAUUCAAGAAAGAAGUACAACUCUUUCACAACAAAUAGAUAUGACCACUCCACCUCAAAUUACUGGACUAAAACCACAAAAUACUGCACAUUCCUCCACAGUGUUGUCUCAAAGCACACCUAUGUUUGCAACUGAUUAUACAACCAUAUCAUAUUCCAAUACAACAUCUCCACCUCUGGAAACAAUGACUGCACAAAAAAUUUUAAAGACACUGGUAGCUGAGACAGCUACAUUUGCAGUAGAUGUUUUAUCAACUUCAGCAGCCAUCUCUACGCCUAACCAGAGUAUAUCCAUAGAUACUACUACCAAUUCCAUGAAAAAUACAAAAUCCCCAUCUUCCGCAAACACAAAGACAACAAAAAUGUCUGAAGCCAUGGCUACUGAAAUCUUUCAACCGCCUACACCUUCUAAUUUCCUAUCCACAUCCAGAUUUACCAAGAAUUUGAUUGUAUCUACAACUUCAGCAAUUAAAUCUCAGUGGGCUGUUAGGAAGACAACAUCUUUAUUUCCAACUAUUGAGUCAACAUCUAUGUCUACAACAUCUUGUCUCGAACAAAAAUCCACAAAUAUUGGGGCACUCUCUAUCUCCACAGCUGGCCAGGAGUUUGCUGAAUCUAGAGCAGCCGAAACUGUACCUUUGUUGACGGUGGAAAAGACUUCGCCUGCAGCUACUCAGAUUGGGACUCUAUCAGCAUUCCCACCUGAGUCUGUGCUCAUCUCCACAGCUUCUCUGGUAGAUUCUGUAUCUCCUAAAAACCAGACAUCAUCUCCAUUGGCAACAACUGACAGGAAAAUAGCAUUUACAGCCCAUUCAUUAACUCUCUCAACUAGACUUAUUGAAACCACACCUGCCCCAAGAACAGCUGAAACAGAAUUGACAUCUACAAAUUUUCAGGAUGUCUCUUUACCCAGAGUGGCAGAUGGCAUGUCUACAUCCAUGUCUAAAGAGACCUCCUCUAAGACUCUUUCUUUCUUAACAUCCUCUUCAUUUACUGGGACUGAGACUGUACAGACUGUUAUUGAUGCCGAAGAUACACAUACAGCCUUAACUCCUGAAAUGACACUUGUACCUACAGUGGCUGAUACUAUGCUUUCCACAGGACCAGUUUAUACCCAGAAUACACCUACAGCUGAUGAACACAUGCUUACUUUGAUUUCCACUAGAUCAGCCUCCGCAUCCAAGGCACCCGGGUCAGUUCCCACAUCAACAACUGAUGAAGAUGCCCAUCAGUUCUUCACCAAUGAGACAAUUUGGACUUCCAGGCCAGACCAGACCCUGCUGACAUCUGAGAACACAACCACCAUACUCACAUUUGUGCCUAAUGAAAAUUUCACACCAGCAUUUCAUGAGAGUACUACUCAUGAAGAACAUGUAUCCACAACUACUAAUAUUAUCACCCCACUGAAAGCAUCUCCAGAGAACGAGGGUACCACUACCACUGAUGCUACCACAGCCACGUAUGCAACAGCUCUAUCCAAAUUGACAUUCAUGACCAGUCUGCCUGAGUUUAAAUUUACCACCUUACUACUAAAAACAAUCCCUAUGCCUACAAAACCUGCAAAUGAACUUCCUUCAAUAUCAAGGGAGACUGUUGUUCCAUCUGUAGAUAUAAUAUCUACUCUUCCUUACAUUCAACUAAAUUUUUCUACUGAGGAAAGCGCUUCUGAGACCACACAAACAGAAAUAAGUGAUGCAAUUGUAUUUGGAGAUACAACAACUCCUGUACCAAGGUCAGCAACAACGCAAAGCUUUAAAGCCACUGUGACAAGAAAAGAAGCAACUUCCCAUUAUCUUAUGGGAAAAUCAACUAUAGCAGCAGUAACUGGGGUUUCUCCAUUUUCAACAAUGCUGGAAGUGACAGAUGAAUCAGCACAAAUGGUGACAGCUUCUGUCACUGUUUCCUCUUCUCCUGAUAUAGAAAAGCUGACUACCCCAUUGGAUAAUAAAACUGCACCAACUGAGGUGAGAGAAAGUUGGCUUUCGACAAAAUUGGUGAAAACCACACCUGGGAGUUCAUACAAUGAAACAACAGAAAUGUUUAAUUCCAACCACACCUAUGCAGCACACUGGACCUCAGCUGGAUCCUUCACUUCUGGAAGCACACAUAUAUUCAGUGAAUUCCUGGGUGCUUCUACCACAGGGAUAUCAGAAACCAGUUUCCCUACUACCCCUACAGACAGGACAGUUACAUCUUUGUCUGGUGAUAUCUUACCUCCACAGCCUACAGCUGCUCAUUCCUCAGAAACCCAUAUGCCUGUUACUCAUAGGUUCUCACUGCCAGUUAAUGGCAGUUCUGUGGUGUCUCAGGAAACUGAGGUUACCAUGUCUGAGCCUUCUACACUGGCCAGAGCUUUUUCUACAUCUAUGCUCUCAGAUGUCUCAAAUCUAUCGUCAGCUACAAUGACCACAGCAUUGGUACCACCAUUGGAUCAGACUGCUUUCACAAUCAGUGAUAUUGUGCCUUCCCACAGAGACUCGAUUUAUACCACUUCAAAGGCCACAGUAAUCUCUGUCAAGAAGACAUCCAUGGCAGUUCCUUCUCUAACAGAAACUCCAUUUUCUUCACUGAGUCUCUCCACUCAUGUGAUGGCUAAGGCUGAGACCACCCUUUCCUCCACCUCAGUUGAUACAGUAACCCCGUCUACACACACUCUUCUCUGCUCAAAACCUCCCCCUGACAACAUUGCUACUGCGUCCUCCACUCCUGUGAUCUCAACUAUGUCUACACUAGAAGUAACUCAACCCAUAUCUCAAGUAGAAGAGACUUCUACCUAUGCUCUCAGCUUCCCGUAUACUUUCAGUGGUGGUGGAGAUGUUGCCAGGUUAACUACUGGCACCACAGAGACCUCUGUUGUUAAUGAGAAUACGCCCUCACACACCUAUGCCAAUAAGCUUACUACUUCAGUAGACAGUCACAUUUUUCAGUCUGCCACAUAUCAUGUACACACACCAAUGUCCACCCAAUUGGUGACUAGCACCUCUAUCUUAUCUUCUGACAAAGACCAGAUGACCAUCUCCCUGGGAAAAAACCCUAGAACUGUGGAGAUGGCAGAAAUGUCCUCUUCAAAUAAUUCUUUUAUUUCAUACUCCCAGGAUACUCCAUCUUUGGAUACAGGAUUUUCUGAGACCACAAAAAUUUCCAGUCACCAAACACAUUUGCCUUCAGAGAUUCCACUUGGGACUUCCUCUGAUGGAAAUUCGGCUUUAUCUCCCACUUCUGUAAGCACACAGAUUAUACCUAGCUUGACCUCAAGUAACACAGUAGAUGUUCACAUUCCAGAAAUGUCUACCAGUCUUGGGAAAACAGCUCUCCCCUCACAAGCUCUGACAACCACCACUCUUUUGUCUCCUGAAAAAGAAAGCACGAGUGCCCUUUCAGCAUAUACUCUCAGGACGGUGGAAAUGAUGGCAAACUCCACCUAUAUGACUCACUCUAUCUCAUACAGCCAGGAAACUUCAUUUGUAGAUACCACAACUUUCAGCUCAGCCAGAAUAUCAGAUGCUAUGGAUAUCAAUACAACUUUUUCACACUUGCCUUCACUUAGUACACAACCUGAGGUGACUUCAGUUGCCUCUUUCAUUUCUGAAAGCACACAGACUUUCCCUGAGUCCUUGUCUCUUUCCAUAACUGGAUUAUAUAAUGACAGUUUUACAGUUCUUUCCGACAGGAUCACUACAGCCUUUUCUGUUCCAAAUGUACGUACAACACUUCAUAAAGAAGCCUCUAUGGCAACAUCCACUCCUAUUUACCAGAUGUUUUCAUUGCCAGUUAAUGUAACUGCCUUCACCUCCACAAAAGUUUCUGACACUCCGGCAAUAUCAAUAACUAAAUCUUCUAAAACAAUGCAUCCAGGUUGUUUGAAAAGUCCCUGCACAGUCACUUCUGGGCCCAUGUCUGAGAUGUCCUCAAUGCCAGUUAAUAACUCUGCUUUCACUCCUGCAACAGUCUCUUCUGACACUUCCACAACAGUUGAGUCAUCCUCUACUUUAUUGUCUUCAGUUACCCCCAUGAUUACUAUGACCAUGCAAACACUGGAUAUCACACCUGUGACAUAUGCUGGGCCUUCUUCACAAAACAAAAGGGCUUCUUCUGCUUUCACUACAGAAAUGAUAGCGGUACCUUCCAGGAUCACACCUACAACCUUUUUCUCUCCAACAGAGUCAACGUUGCCCUCUGUGAAAACCGUUCCAACCACUAUUAUGGCUGGGAUAGUGACUCCAUUUGUAGGCACCACUGCCUUCUCUCUACUCAGAUCUAAGAACACUGGAUCUAUUUCCUCCAUUCCAAAAACCACAUUUUCACCAUUUCUAUCAGCAAUUCAACAGUCAUCACAAGCAGAUGAGGCUACAACUUUCGAGAUAUUAUCUGGGAUUACUGACAGCUCCCUGUCUAUGGUGAACAGUGGGACAGGGGUAGCUCUCACCAACACUUAUUCCAGAACCACUGUUCCUGAAAAUAUGCUUUCACCUACUCAUGCAGAUAGUGUCCAUACUUCCUCCAAUAUUCAGGUUUCCCCAUCUCUGACUAGCUUUAAGAGUACUUUUGGACCCACAAAAAGUGUUAAAAUGACCACCACUUACCUUUCUUCUAAUACAGGAAAGAUGACUUCUUCGUCAGAAAAGACUUCCUUAACAAACCAUGCCACAUCUUUGAAUACCCUUGUUUCAUACCCUCCAUGGACCCCACCCAGCACAACACCACCCUCUUUGACACCAUUUCUUCAUUUACCUCAUGGUACCGAAGCUGAGCUUUCUACCCCAAAUACCUCUCCUCCUCCCACAUCCCCAGUGGUUGAAUUUCCAGUUCUGGGAACAAGAAUCACAUCUAGUAAUACCCAGUCUCCGCUUAUGACUUCCUGGAACAUGUCCAUAGCCGAAGGUUCUCAGUUUCCAAUUUCCACCACUAUUCAUGUACCUACAUCCAAUCAGAUGGAAACAGAGACUCUACACCUUGUUCCUGGGACUCUGUCAACAUUCACUGCCUCUCAGACUGGUCUAGUAUCUAAAGAUGUCAUGGCAAUGUCAUCUAUUCCUACGUCAGGAAUUCUUCCUACCUAUGGGCUUUCUGAGAACCCUUCACUAUCAACAUCUUUAAGAGCUAUCCCUAGCACUUUGGCUGACGUUAAGCACACAUUUGAGAAAAUGACCACAUCUGUAACUCCUGGGACCACACUCUCAUCGAAUCUUUCUGGUGCCACUUCAGGAUCUGUAAUUUCAAAGGCUACUACUUUACCCAUUCUGACAUGGCUCUUAUCUAGUCUCCCUUCUGGCUCCCCUUCAGCAACUGUGUCUAAUGCCCCUCAUGUUAUGACUUCCUCUACAGUAGAGGUGUCAAAAUCAACAUUUCUGACAUCUGACAUGAUAUCAGUGCAUUCAUUCACUAAAUUGACAACACUACCCCCUGCUACUAUAAGCACCAUACUCACCCAAAGCACUCCUACAUCUACACUGGGUGGUAUCACUACUGGCUUCCCAACUUCUUUUCCUAUGUCUAUAAAAGUCACAGAUAACAUUGUGUACAUUUCCACACACCCUGAAGCAUUCUCCAGAACCACAGUAACUGCCAACCCCAGGACGGUGCCUCAUCCUUCAUCCUUCAGUGGAAAGAGCAUGUCACCUUCUACAACUGACCACACUGUAUCCACUGGUUCCAUGCCUCUGCCUAGCUCUACAACAACAUCUUCAUGGAGCAGAGUUCCAGCUGCAUCAUCACUCUCUACUUUAAUUAUUCUUAAGCCCACACUGGACUCCCUCCUAAAUAUAAUGACUACUAAAUCCACUGUUCCUGGAGCCUCAUUUCCACUCUUAUCCACUGGGGUGAUACAUCCUUCUACAGCAACUGUGUCUUCACCAAUAUUGUCCUUCUUUGAGACCACGAGGUUGGAUGCCACACCUUCCUUUCUAUCUACAGAAGCAUCGACUUCGCCUAUUGCCACCAAGUCCACAGUUUCCUUCUACAAUGCUGAAAUGAGCUUCUCUGUCUUUGUUGAAGAGCCAAGAAUCCUUAUUACCAGUGUUAUAAAUGAAUUUACAGAAAAUUGGCUGAAUUCUAUAUUUCAGGACAGUGAAUUUUUUCUUGCUAAUCUGAAAACCCAAAUUACAAGCAGGGACAUUUCAGAGGAAGAGAUGGUCAUGGAUGAAGCUAUUCUGGAACAGAGAGGACAAGGAAUGGCUACGAUUUCCUAUGUACCAUACAGCUGUGUUUGUCAGGUCAUCAUAAAAGCCAGCUCUUCCUUAGCAUCCUCUGAAUUGAUUAGCAAAAUCAAAAGUAAAAUAUGUGGCAACUUCACGCACGGAAACUUCACACAGGAUCAAUUGAUGUUAUUAGUAAACUCUGAAGAUGUUGCAGUGAAAAAACUAGAGCCUGGAAACUGCAAAGCUGAUGAAACCGUCUCUAAAUACAAAGGGACAUAUAAGUGGCUAUUAACCAACCCUACAGAGACAGCCCAAACUAGAUGCAUAAAAAAUGAGGAUGGAAACGCCACAAGAAUCUGUUUAAUCAGCAUCAACACAGGCAAAUCUCAGUGGGAAAAGCCAAAGUUUAAACAAUGCAAAUUGCUUCAAGAACUUCCUGACAAGAUUGUGGAUCUUGCUAAUAUUACUAUAAGUGAUGAGAAUGCUGAGGAUGUUGCAGAGCACAUUUUAAAUUUGAUAAAUGAAUCCCCAUCCCUGGAUAAAGAAGAGACAAAGAUCAUUGUUUCUAAAAUAUCAGAUAUUUCACAAUGUGAUGAGAUAAGUAUGAACCUAACCCACAUUAUAUUACAAAUAAUCAGCGUUGUUUUGGAAAAGCAAAACGAUUCAGCCUCUGAUCUGCAUGAAGUUAGCAAUGAAAUUCUGAGGAUAAUUGAGCAUGCUGGUCACAAGAUGGAGUUUUCUGGACAGAGAGCAAAUCUGACGGUGGCUGGGCUGGCUUUGGCUGUGCUGCGGAUGGACCACACAUUUGAUGGCAUGGCCUUCAGCAUUCACUCCUACGAAGAAGGCACAGAUCCUGAGAUUUUCCUAGGCAAUGUCCCUGUGGGAAGGAUUUUGGCUUCCAUAUAUUUGCCUAAAUCACUGAUGGGGAGAAUUCCUCUUAGCAACUUACAAACGAUCUUGUUUAAUUUCUUUGGCCAAACUUCACUCUUUAAGAUCAAAAACGUCACUAAAGCAUUAACUACAUAUGUUGUUAGUGCCAGCGUUUCAGAUAUGUUCAUUCAAAACUUAGCUGACCCAGUGGUCAUCACUCUGCAGCAUAUUGAAGGAAACCAGAAUUAUGGUCAAGUUCACUGCGCCUUUUGGGAUUUUGAGAACAAUAAUGGGCUGGGCGGAUGGAAUUCGUCAGGCUGUAAAGUAAAGGAAACAAACGUAAAUUACACAAUCUGUCAGUGUGACCACCUCACCCAUUUUGGAGUCUUAAUGGAUUUAUCCAGGUCUACAGUGGAUACAGUCAAUGAACAGAUAUUAGCGCUUAUAACAUACACCGGAUGUGGAAUCUCCUCCAUUUUCCUGGGAGUUGCAUUGCUGACAUACAUAGCUUUUCACAAACUUCGAAAAGAUUAUCCUGCCAAAAUCCUGAUCAACCUGUGCACAGCACUGCUGAUGCUAAACCUGGUAUUUCUGGUCAAUUCUUGGUUGUCAUCAUUUCAGAAAGUGGGAGUUUGUAUCACAGCUGCAGUGGCACUUCAUUACUUCCUGCUUGUUUCGUUGACUUGGAUGGGCUUGGAGGCGGUUCACAUGUAUUUUGCUCUAGUCAAAGUCUUCAACAUAUAUAUUCCAAAUUAUAUCCUUAAACUUUGUCUAGUUGGUUGGGGAAUCCCAGCGAUCAUGGUGGCAAUCAUAGUCAGUGUGAAUGAAGAUCUGUAUGGAACUCUGAGCUCAACAACUCCAUUUUGUUGGAUUAAAGAUGAUUAUAUCUUUUACAUCUCAGUGGUGGCUUAUUUUUGCCUCAUAUUUCUCAUGAAUCUCUUCAUGUUCUGCACUGUUCUUGCUCAACUGAAUUCUGUGAAAUCCCAAAGCCAGAAGACUCGGCGGAAGAUGAUCCUGCAUGACCUCAAAGGCACAACAAGCCUGACAUUCUUACUUGGCCUCACCUGGGGGUUUGCCUUUUUUGCCUGGGGACCCGUGAGAAUCUUUUUCUUGUAUCUUUUUGCUAUUUUUAACACUUUGCAAGGAUUCCUCAUUUUUGUGUUUCACUGUGUGAUGAAGGAGAGUGUGCGGGAGCAGUGGCAGAUUCACCUCUGUUGUGGGUGGUUGCGAUUGGAUAACUCUUCUGAUGGGAGCAGCCGAUGUCGGAUAAACAUUGGCUAUAAACAGGAGGGACUAAAGAAGACCUUGGAGCACAAACUGUUGAUACCAUCCCUCAAGUCAACUGCAACUAGCUCCACUUUCAAAUCUUUAGGCUCUGUGCAAGGCACACCUUCAGAAAUAAGCUUUCCAAAUGAUGACUUUGACAAAGAUACCUACUGUUCCUCUCCUUGAGUUGUGAAGUUGUGCCUAAUUAUAUAAAAAGAAUAUAACACCUGUGGAAAUUAAAAUGAAUUCCAAGUGUAUACUUGCUCGGGUGAUGGGUGCACCCAAACCUCACAGAUCACCACUAAAGAGUGUACUCAUGUAACCAAAUACUACCUGUUCCCCCAGAAACCUAUGGAAAU